AGAAAUUUACAUCCAAAAUCGGCAAGAAAUCAACCAUGGCACAAGAAAAUGAUGUUAUGGCCGUUAAUCGCACUGACCACGAAAUCAAUUUGCUCUUAAAUGAUCUCGAAAACAUGCCGGACCAUAUGAAAAUUUUUUGCUCAUCAUUGGCAUCACUCUUCAACGAGACGAAAGUCAGUAGCAUUACGGGUGGCAAUAAUGGCGUUCCUGAUGUUGUAGGUAUGUUUGACAUCGCUGAGAAAUUCAAAGAUAUCAGGGAAGAAACAACAAAGGACGCAAUCGUAUAUCUGCGCGCUAACCUACCGAUUGUGAAAGAGUUUUUGCUCUCAGUUAGGGAUUGUCUGGAGCACUACAAGUUUUUAUCAUUUGAAAAUUGGCACACAAUCUUGUCUCACUUACGCAGUGAAAUAGAAAAGAACGAAGCACUCGCGCAGACUAUUUUAAAAAUGCACGAAGACAUCUUGAUUACCUUGAACAAGCGUAAGCAAAAGGCAGACGCAGUGCUUUUUGAACUAAAGGAGCUUAACAAAGAAUAUGAUGAAAAGAUGAGGAAACUUAACGAGGACUUUCGUAAGAAAAGCAACUUAGCAACCAUCAUGACUUUUGUACCAAUCUUAAAUCUUAUUGCCCCGCGAAUUUUCGCUAAUAAAGCAAAGAAAUCGUUUGCUGGAGCGGUUGCUGCAAUAAAGAACAGAGAAGUAAAUCAAGAGGCCGCAUCCAUUGUCCAGGACAAUCUUAUACCUGCCCUAUCAAAUUUCAUCAAAGGCUUGGAGAAGAUAGCAGGUUUCUUUUCAAAUCCUUGAAACGGAUUUAAAGCAGUACAACAGCGAUCCCGAUGAUGAAACGGAGAGUAACGAUUAUAGUGCAAUUCACUAUGAAAUCAUCAAGGGUAGAUGUGAUAAUAUAUUGGGGCAACUUAAAAUAUUUGAUGCUUCGUUACCAGCCAUUCGAAGCGCCAUCAACUCCAUUCCCGACGAUGCAUCAGACAUGAACUAUGUGCAUGAAUGGUUCACAAGCAAAAUAGAUGAGAUCAAACGAGAGAAGAGGCACCAGACAAUCCCUAAAUUUUUUGAGAAAGUGAAGAACAAUUUGCUGCCGCCUGUACGUCUAGCCUUAAAGCAUGAUGAAUAGACUCAGUCAUGCAUUACAUGAAGUACCGCAUGUCAAUUUACUGCUCAUUAUUUGCAUACAAAAGCUAAUUAUGUUGUUUCUUUUAGUCUAUUUGCCUUCACAAGUUGCCUAUUUUUGAAAUAACAGUAAGAUUUUAAAA